GGGGCUGACGCGUGGCAGCAGGGGGAGGCGGGGCCGAGGCUCCCCAGAGGAAGAUGGAUUCGGCCGCUGCUUCAGCCAGCCUCGGGCCGGCGGCCGAGGCCGAGCAGCGGCCCCCGCACAUGGCCGCGCUGGUGCUGGCGCGCGGCGGCAGCAAGGGGAUCCCGCUGAAGAACGUCAAGCCCCUGGCCGGGGUCCCGCUCAUCGGCUGGGUGCUGCGGGCGGCCACCGACGCCGGGGUCUUCCAGAGUGUGUGGGUUUCCACAGACCACGAUGAAAUUGAGAAAGUGGCAAAGCAAUUUGGUGCGCAAGUCCAUCGCAGAAGCUCUGAAGUAUCUCAAGACUCUUCUACUUCUUUGGAUGCCAUCAAAGAGUUUCUUCUUCAUCAUAAGGAGGUUGAUAUUAUAGGAAAUAUUCAGGCAACAUCUCCCUGUUUACAUCCUGAUGAUCUUAUUAAAGUGGCAAAAAUGAUCCGAGAGGAUGGCUUUGAGUGUGUAUUCUCUGUUGUAAGACGGCAUCUGUUUAGGUGGAGUGAGAUAAAAGGAGUUAACAAGGUGACAACUCCGCAAAACCUGAAUCCAGCAAAGCGGCCCCGGCGUCAGGAUUGGGAUGGAGAACUGUGUGAAAAUGGGUCAUUUUACUUUGCUAAAAAGCACUUGAUUGAAGGAGGCUGCUUACAAGGUGGAAAAGUGAUCUACUAUGAAAUGCGUGCUGAACGCAGCGUGGAUAUAGACAUAGACAUCGAUUGGCCUAUUGCAGAGCAAAGAGUGCUGAGAUAUGGCUAUUUUGGUAAAGAGCCGCUAAAGGAGGUGAAGCUACUGGUUUGCAACAUUGAUGGAUGUCUCACCAAUGGUCACAUUUAUUUGUCAGAAGAUCAAAAAGAAAUAAUCUCUUAUGAUGUUAGAGAUGCUGUUGGAAUUUCCUUAUUAAAUAAAAGAGGAGUUCGGGUAUGGCUAAUCUCUGAAAGAUGUUCAAAGACGAUUUCUGCUAUGAAAUUGGAUUGUGAGGUGACAGUCGGUGUGACACACAAACUACGAGUUGUGGAAGACUGGAUUAAUAAAAUGAGUUUAUCCUGGAAAGAAGUGGCUUACUUAGGAAAUGAAGAAUCCGAUGUGGACUGCUUAAAGAAAGCUGGCAUGAGCGGUGUUCCUGCAGAUGCUUGUGCCACUGCACAGAAGGCUGCUGGCUAUAUUUGUAAAAGUAAUGGUGGCCGUGGUGCCAUUCGGGAGUUUGCAGAACACAUAUUCCUGCUAAUGGAGAAAGUGAAUUCACAGGAAAGAAAACUAAAUGAUCUGAAGAACUAAUGAAGAAAAACCCAAUUCCAGUCCCUGCCCCCACAGGAUAAAGUCUGCCUUUAAUUUGCACAAUGGCUUGCCUUUGUUUGACGUUUCCACAGAGUUAAAAGGGUAUUGUCAACAAGUUCAGGUCCCUAUAUUGGUUUAAUUUUAAUAUAAUAUAAAUGCUUUCAGAUAUAUAAGCGUAAUGAAAAGGUUUUUGUGUGUGUUUGUGAAACAAAAUUGCAGCGUUGUGUUAUGACAUCAGAACCACAAAGUAAAACCGAUUUAUUCUAUAUUGACUGUCCAAGCUGAGUGAAAUGCAAAACAUCAGUGGCAUAAAUGGUGAAAGAUGUAAUUUUAACUCUAGAUCCUCUUUCUUACUAAUAAAAUUUUAGUUCAUAAAGAGAAGGAAAUUUUGUAGUUGGAAAUCUCUUCAUGACUUUGCCACCUGGGUAUAAAAUGCUGCUGUUCUGAAAGGGCCUGAUCCAAUGUUGUUUAAGCAUUAGAGUGAGCUUUUAGUGACUGCACAAGGUGUAAAGCAAUAGGAAAGCAGUCCUGUGGGAUUUGUUUUGUUUUUAACCUGCUACUAGAGUUAUCUUAUUGUAUCUUACAACCAUAUCUCUUCCAGCAUAUGCACAAACUUGUGUUUGUUAGAACUGAUUCAUAAAAUCAUAACCGCUGCUUUCUCAUACUAUAAGUAGUGCCUAAAAUGCUGUAAAAUGAGUUAAUACAGUAAAAGCUUUUUUUAUCUAGCACUCCACCAACCAGCAAGCUCUAUAAACCAGCAUUUCUGAUCUGCACUGAAAGUCUGGUGGAUAGUGUGGUUGGUGCGGGGCUGGCAGGGGGAUGGGGUCUGGGAGGGGCUGCAGGGCACGCUCUGGGAGAGAGUUUGGGUCCGGGAGGGGGAUUGGGAUCCAGGAGGGGCUCAUGGUGCUGGAUGGAGGGCGGGGGCGCUCACCUCCAGCAGCUCCCCCUAAGCCGCUCUCCAUCCCUGUUGUUGCUGGCGGAGGCAUGGCCAGGCGGCUCUGCAGGCAUGCUAUCUCCAUCCCUGUCCCUGAGCAUUGACUCCGCGGCUCCCAGCCCAUUGGCCGGGAACCACAGCCAGUGGGAGCUGUGGCGGGGGGGCAGCGCCUGCAGGUGGAGGCAGCGUGUCUGCUUGCAGAGCUGUCUGGCCGCACCUCCACCAGGAGCAUCAGGGAUGGGGAGCCACCGGAGGUGAGCCCCCCGCAUCCAGCACCUCGAGUCCCUCCCGUGCCCCAGUCCUAAGCCCUCCCCCCCCGGACCCAAACUCCCCCUCUGAGUCCAUGCCCUGCAGCCCUUCUUUCGCCCCUGCCCCACAGCCAUCCCCCAGCACUCCAAACCCCUACCUCUGAGUUAACUGGCAUUUUUAAUUUACCAGCACCUUCCAUUUCCCUACCAUGCCAGUUAAAAAAGCUUUUAUUGUAAUGGUAUAAAAACAUUGUGUGAGUAAUACAGACUUUUUGUUACUUUUAGCUGAAUCCACUAAAAUCUCAUGCAUGGCUUAUGAUGUCAGAUGGGCGAGCACAAAAUGUAUAUUUUGUUAAUCCACCAGACCAUGAAAUAAUGCCUUCUGUGGAGUCUACUCCAUUUUACAGUAUUUGGGCCUAAUCCAAUUUGGUAUUGUACACCUCCUGCAAGAUAGUAGUCCCUCUUGACUCCUAUUGAACGUUAUUUGGGGUCAAUGCUUUGCACCUCUUGCAAAUCUGACACUAUGGCAUUAGUCCAGCAAAGUGCUUAGGUACAUGCUUAGUUUUAAGCAUGUGAGUAGUCCUGUUGAUUUCAGGAUUGUGCCUUAUAUUGUAAAGUUGAUGUCACUGGGACUAUUUACAUGCUUAAAAUGAAUCAUGUUUUACAGUGCUUUCUGAAAAAGAGGCUAAAUUUGCUGGUAACUGGAACUUUUGAGACAGUUCUGUUGCGGAAACUGUUUCUUUCUCCAAAGGGUGCACUUUCUCAUUGUGAAUAUUCGUGUGAGAUCACUGAAAGGAGAUGUGUCACCACUUAAGAUUUUCAGUAUAUGAAUGUAAUUGCUGGAAAAACUAUAGUUGGUAUCUAUAUCUCUAUUGGUAUAAAUCGUGGCUUUUUUUAUAUCGUGUUAAUUUAUUGACGAUUUAUAAAUUGGUCUUCUCCCCCCCCCCUUUUAAAAAAUGCCUUAGUAAUGUAUUCAUACCUCCAUGGAUUUGUAAAUAUAAGGAGUUCUUCAAGAACAGUACUUAAAAAUGCAAAUCUGUUUCUAAUCUUCUGUUUACCCAUGGAUCAAAUUCAACUAUCAAGCUUAUACUAAAAAAAAUAAAAAUCUCACUAAUUUUUAAUAGGAGCUGCAUGUAUAUAACUGAAGGCCAUAUAAUAACAACUAUUUACAGUUCAGAUAACUUUCAAAUGACAUGUUAAAUUAUAGCAGUCUCAGUUUUGGGAAUUCAGUAUGGAUGUAUUGUCUCUCACCUACUGUUGUUCAGUUAAUAUGGUAUAUCUAAUCAUUUGUUGCUCUCAUUAUUUAUUUACUUUGUUAUAACUGUAUAAUGCUUAAAACUGACUUUUUCCAAUUUAUUUGUUGUAGGGUUCCUUGUGAAUUGUUUCCUUAUUGCAAUAAUCACUACAAAAUUAUCAUUGAAGUAUUUCUUUGUGGAAAAUGUAGAGUUUUGCAUAAGAUGAGUUACAGGAACUCUGUCAACAGGUAUAGGAAAAGCUGGACAUAUUUUGAACUAAGAGGCAGUCCCUUUGACAGUGUCCCUUUUAACUCGUGUAGACUCAAUAGUGGUAAAAGUGCAGAAGUUGUACCAUUUACGGCCAUGACUCGGGAAGGUACUUAAAAUGGUGCCUCACUUAAAUUAGUCACGUGUUUAAUUUGCUUGCUUAGUCAGGGUCUAUAUAGUCAUGUUUGAAUAAAUGUUUAAUAUGGAUGGGUAAUUUAAAGCAGGGUGAAGAUCACUGUACUAAAUUGGCUUCCUUUCUCCUCUACAUUAGAGGCAGCAGACUCAAUGUAUGAAAUUUUUGAAUACUUGGAGUUAUAAAUAUAUAUAUAGUACUAUGUAUACAUAAGAAAUCUGGUGUCUCUUUUUGUCUAAUGGGCAGAAAGAAUUGGUAGCUGUUAAAUAAAAUGUUCACACUUCUGCCAAAA